GUAGAACAGGCUCACGCGAUAGGAAAGGAAUCUGUCCUAAAAUAUGAAUUUAAAAAUUAUCCCUCAGAAACAUUCACAGCCUGAUAAGGUAAACAAAAUUUCGGUAUUACGUAAAAUGAUAGGCAUUCAUAAAAAACGACCAGCUGCCGGAGACUACGUAGUGCCCAAUAAUUCGGUUCUAAAUCUGCAGCACAAGCCCGGUACCUACGAUCCCACGAUCAACGCCAUGGAGAAGGCCACCAAGUGUCGCUACUGCGAGAACAUGGCCAAGAACUUUCUGUAUUUGGAGAGCCUGAUCCGGAAUAACAAGGACACUGAGAAGAAUCCCAAAUGCAGUCUAUGCAACUCAUCGCUGAAGUUUUUGGAGUAUGUAAACCGCAAUAUCCGUCAGGUUUUCGGCAACUUUGAUGCAAUCGUCCAAGCGGAUCGUGCUUUGGCAGCCAAGCCGGCUAUGAUGCCGAAAUACUCGGUGGGCCAGCCCCUGGACAAGGUCGAUAUGCGUGCCAAAGGUGGUGCUAUCGUCUCGCUUCAGAAGUCGUCUAAAAGUCUGAAGACCAAGGCCUCAUCACCGAAGACCAAGUCCAAAGAGAAGGGCAUCAACGGUCUGAAGUCAUUGAAAUCCAUCAAAUCGCACAAAUCUUCCAAAUCACUGAAGUCGGCCAAGUCGAGUAAGUCUCAAAAGUCAUCCUUGAAGCUUUCCAAGAAAGCUAUCACCAAACCGAAGAGUCCCAAAAGUCAAAUCAGCCAUGGCAAGAAGAUAUUGAAGCGCAAAUUCCGGAACAAGCUGGCCAGCAAGUUGGCCGGCAAUAAGGUAGUUCGCAGUGUCAGUCAAUACCGAAGUCUAGGCACCACAAGAUCCAAACUCUCGAAGGGAUCGAGCCACAAGAAACUGGUCAAACCUACUCCUCCGCCGACCAGCAUCAACUGGCAGCUGCUCAAACGCAACCUGCCCAAGCGUCCCACUGCGGUAAAGUAGAGGACGCGGCGAGCGUGGGGUCGACUGAAUAAGCUCCACACCAAAAAUAAUCUCGUUUGUCAAAACUUUCUUAGUGAUAUUUUGCAUGGAUGAACUGAGGCAUCUAUAUAAACAAAUUUAGGUCGAGAUUAAAUUAUUAGUUCAUGUUAAAGGCAAAUUUACAUAAAUAUAUAGACAAAUAAAACUUAAUAAUAUGUA